AUCUUUCCCCUUUUAUCAACCCACGUUCCACGGGGUAACAUCGAAGUGUUAAUGCGCAUGCGCGAACUUGCUGUUCGAGGUUAUAAAUACAGCAACCAUUCAUUUGUGGGAAGAAGUUGUUACGUUGCACUUGUCGCAUGAUGGCGCAACAUGUUGGUCAAUCGCGUAUGCCGGCUUCUUUUUUAUUUGUUCUCGCAGUUUUUCACUUAACGAAUGCCAACGUACUGGCACAAGUCAGUACGUUCGGUCCGAGAAUAAGUUCAAUACGUAUUGCGAAAAAUGAAGAAUUACUUAAAGAAUUGGACAUCGAUUCUCUCGCGCCUGUUGUCAGAAUCAUCGGUGAGAAUCUCGACAAGGAGCUCGGACUGCGCUGGUCGCCCGACGUAGACCAGUGUCACCACAAUUAUCCCCUUUCUACGGUCUGGAUAAAUCCAAACGGACAUGAAGCCUUUAUGAGUUUUGCGAGUGCACCUUCUGUUGAUAUUAAUCCCGUCUACUUCUGUAUUCGGAACGUCACUGGCGAUGGAGAACACUGGACAUUUCUUGGGAGGAGUUUAAUUGUUGAUUCAUUCUCGCUCGAUGGAAUUACUCGACGUCGUAGAAGUAAUGAUUUUGGUCCGGCCAUUGGCGAAGGAAAUAAUUCAUCAGCAGCUGUACCGGCAACUGAUGAAAUCAGGAUCGAGGGUCUUCGAGUGGAGUACACUGAUAAGGAACCUCGUAUCUCUGAGUAUGGCGUACCCGAGGUCCUGGUCGGUUACAAUACAACCGUGCGAUUAUUUGGAAUUGGCAUCACACAGAAGACGCUCAUCGCCUUUACCGACGUGCCUGCUAAAUAUGGCACAAUAUGCGAAAAGAUCAAGACUCAGGAGUUCUCAGUGUUCGAGGUAGAAAGUAACUCGGCUUUAGUAACUAUCAAUCUUGCUAAAGGCACAUAUUUUCUAUGCGCCAAACAAUCGGGUUCUGAUAAUUCAACCGAUGUUGUGUUGUUCAAGCAUCAGGGUGACGCGAGUUGGAAAUCGAUUGGUACUUAUGAGAAACUUUUGCCACUAUGGCUCAGCAUUGUGUUCAUGUGUCUUUGCAUAUGCUGUUCGGCAUUAUUCUCUGGCUUGAAUCUCGGUCUUAUGGCGCUCGACAGAACUGAGUUGAAAAUUCUACGAAACAUUGGAACUCCGAAAGAAAAGGAAUACGCGAAGAAAAUUCAACCAGUUCGAGAUCACGGAAACUAUUUACUAUGCACUAUCUUAUUCUCUAUUGUGCUGGCCAACUCAAUUUUCACCGUCAUUCUUGAUGAUCUCACUUCCGGCCUUAUCGCCGUCGUAUCGUCGACACUAUCCAUUGUUGUAUUUGGUGAAAUUUGGCCUCAGGCUAUUUGCAGCAGACACGGGUUGAUGAUUAGUGCUAAAACCAUUUUUAUUACGAAGUUCACCAUGUUGAUCACAUUCCCGUUAAGCUAUCCGAUCAGUAAGAUUCUCGACUUUAUUCUCGGCGAGGAAAUUGGCAACGUUUACAAUCGAGAACGUCUCAAGGAAUUGGUUAAUAUAACUACUGAGUACAAUGAUCUCGAGAAAGACGAGGUGAAUAUCAUCUCAGGGGCUUUGGAGUUACGCAAGAAGACUGUAGCAGACGUCAUGACGCGCAUAGAGGACGUCUAUAUGUUGGAUUAUAAUGCUAUUUUAGAUUUUGAAACCGUAUCCGAAAUUAUGAAAUCUGGAUUCUCCAGAGUUCCUGUUUACCAGGGAAGCAGAACCAAUAUUGUUACUAUGCUUUACAUAAAGGAUCUCGCCUUUGUCGAUCCGGACGACAAUACGCCAUUGAAGACGCUUUGUCAGUUUUAUCAGAAUCCUUGUAAUUUUGUCUUCGAAGAUGUCACCCUGGAUGUUAUGUUCAAGCAAUUUAAGGAAGGACACAAGGGACACAUGGCCUUUGUGCAGAGAGUCAAUAACGAGGGUGACGGUGAUCCUUUCUACGAAGUUGUUGGGUUAGUCACUCUGGAGGACGUAAUUGAAGAACUGAUCCAAGCAGAAAUCAUGGAUGAGACGGAUGUUUUCACCGACAAUAGAAGUAAGAGAAGGAGACCAGCUCAUUCAACAAAAUUGCUAGACUUCACUAGUUUUGCUGAGAAGAAGGAUAAUCAACGAAUACGCAUAUCCCCGCAGUUGACACUAGCCAUGUUCCAGUAUUUGUCGACGACUGUCGAGGCCUUUAAACCAGACACAAUAUCAGAAACAAUUCUACGCCGUCUGCUGAAGCAAGAUAUUAUAUAUCAUAUUAAAGUAAAGACACGCGAAAAGGCAAAGAGCGAUCCAACAACUGUGAUCUAUCAACAAGGAAAGCCUGUAGAUUAUUUCGUCCUCAUCUUGGAGGGACGUGUCGAGGUCACUGUAGGUACUGAGGGCAUGAUGUUCGAAAGUGGUCCAUUCACGUACUUUGGGUCGCAGGCCCUUACAGCCAAUAUCGGUAUUGUAACCGAAUCACCAGCCAAUACUAAUCCUCAGACGAUGGGUAGUAUACAGUCUUUAAAUUUGGAUGCCAUGUUACGUCACACAUUCGUACCAGAUUACACUGUACGCGCAGUUACGGAAGUCUUCUACCUGAAGGUCAAGAGGUCGCUCUAUUUAGCUGCCAAGAGAGCAACUUUAUUAGAAAGAAGUCAAAAAGAUCCGAAGCCAAGUCAUGAUCAAUUCGACGACGAAGUAGAAAAGUUGCUUCACUCUCUGGAUGAGGAGGAUCAGCGCAGCGCCCCGGAUUCCCCAGUGUUGCCACGUGACAAGGAUAAAGAUAGUAAAAACAUGCUACAGCGAAACGUAACCGCACCUACCUCACCAGUUCCGGUGAGCGCGAGUCCAAUGACGAAUGCGAAGUUCGUGUCUUCGAGUGGUGAUCAUAACGGGAAACUCAAAAGCUCCCCAGCCAAGAUGCUCGAUGGUUCGACUCCUAAGGGUGGCCAAUCUAAAUUAGACUUGGACGCCGAGAUUCUGUCGCGUCAAAAUGAGGCGGCCGUCCUACCGCCUCGCAAGAAGUCGCUAGACGACGAAGAAAAGGUCCAUCUCCUUCCCAAAAAGGAUGACUCUUAACGAUCGAUCAGUGACAGCGGAACUCUGUGCGAUCCCUUCGCAGCGUUUAUAAAGAAUUAAUCACGCAACGACGGAAACGCCGACUCGCCGGCGUGACACAUAGCCUGAACCUAGCACUGGGUACUUAAUUAAUAACUCAAAAACUUAACCGAUCGAUCGCCACUGAAAACUCAUCUGGCGAAACCAACUUGACCGUCACGUUUAAUCAGGAAGGUAGCCGCAUACAGUUAAUUCAAUUUUUUACCAAUGCUCUGCAUGGGAUGCUGUACGCUGAUGCAUUCUUAUAUAUUUUAAUCGACCCUUCUCACCUUUUUCAACAGAUCACAGUAAACUCGCGCAGACGCAAUACUACAUUAGAUACGCUAGUUAGUUCCAUUCGUCAUCGCAAAUGAUACGUUUCACUCAGGGAAUAGCAUGCCAAAAGAAGUAUGAAGGAAAUAGAGAACACUAUCCCUCAUGCAGCACAUACGUUGUGUUGCUCGUAGCUUUAGACACAUAUCACCCUCGCUCUUACGGGAAACCGAUUGACACAGUGGGCCUGGCUAAUAAGUCGGAGGGGCGUACAAUGACAAUAAAAUUAUUAUUAAUAAGUUUUACUUGCACAAUGGUAUACAGCCAGUUUAUCCUCUAUCAUAAAUUCUACUUCUUAGCGCGUUCGUACAGCCUUCCGGUACACUCGACGUGUAAAACGUUAAAUCCAAGCAUAUAGAAGAUAAGAGAUAGAGAAAAUUACUAUGGAAAUACUUUUCGUUCACGUCGUGACUAAUGUUGUCCCAUUUUGGGAAACUGUUUAUAUACAGACAUAUAUAGAUAUAUACUUUUUAUGUACGUAUUUAUAUAUAUGUAUAUAUGUUUUAUAUUGAUAUAUGAGAAUUAUAACGGUUAUAUAGUCGCCAGGAAAAUCCAAAUACUUCUACAACUUAUUAUUAGGUUUUGAGAAAAAAAGCCGGUACAAAGAAAUGUUUAGGAGAUCGCGGAAAUAUAUAUAGCGUCUCUAAAAGCAAAGGGGCGUGUUAAAUUAGUAUAUUCAAGAAACAUACAAUCCUUUUUGCUUGUAGUCACGCAAUGUUUAUUUAGUUCCGUUCAUAUGCGUAUUAUAUAUACAUGUAUAUGUAUACACACACACUUUUUUCCUUCUCAUUACUUUCACUACUAUUUCUAUUACUACCGCUGUCACUACAUCUAUUUUUAUUUUUUCUUAAUAAGUUUCUACAUAGGUUUAUGUCGAAUAGUUUUUCGUUCGAUUAAACCUUGUUUUUCGUGAAUGCUCCCAGAGAGUGAUAGAACGGCGCGGACUUCUAUUCGCUGUUAGUAUUGACCGUUAAUGAGUGCCUUAACGACCAAAAAAGGAAAGUAAAAUUGAGAAAACGAGAAAAGAACUCAUUUAAAUCGUCGGGUUAUGUGGUGAAAACGUUAUUGGUAAAGUUUUUCAUGAGAUUUUCGAAAAAGGCAAUCACUUCUUAUCUCUUUUCCUUUUUUUUCUCUAUGUAAAUGAAAACGGAGGAUCAAUGAAAACCUUAAAAAGUUUUUCCUUAAUAUUCGUGCUGCCAACAUGAAAUGACAAGUAUUCAAGAAGUUUAGAUACAAACCAGAUUCGUUGUGUAGUUUAAAAAGAGAGUCUAUCCCUAUAUAUAUGUAUAUUUUUACUACCAUCGAAUUUAACUUUUUGAAGGUAAACAAUUUUUGUUUUAAAUUUUUAAUAAUUUUAUUUAUUGGCCUCUUUAAUUCUUUGACAACUUAUGGCCUUCAUGGCAAAUAUGACCACAGCGCCGUACAGCGUGCAGUAGCGGCAAUGAAAUUGUUAACGGGUGAUUGUGAAGUACGGACUAUUACGUAAUGAUUCAGUGAAAACAAGUGGAAUACAUAGGAACUGAGCCGAUUGAAUUUUAUUUUUUUUUACAUUAUACAACAAACUGCAUUUUGCAUGCACAAACCUAUAGACACAUGUCCGCAGAUGCAUUUAUAUAUAUCCAUCGCAUUUAUCCCUGUUACUCGAUAUCGUUUAUCAUUAUUAGAUAAAUAUAUUUAUACUUAUAUAUAUAGUGAAACAAUGUUAUAGAAAGUAGAAUAUUACGUGUUAUAUUUUAUUGAUACAAAGCGUACAAAGAGGGAAAAAAUCCAUUCAAAUCGUGAAACGCAUUUUGAUUCUUUCUACGAUUUACUGUUGAGAAAUAAGAAAUUUGGCAAGGUCCGUCUUCCUUCUCCUUGGUGCGUUUGAUUUGCUAUUACAAGAAACGAUUAAUGACAAUAUAGUGCAGCAGUACUUAAAGAUGGUCGGACAAUUCGUCGUGGUCGAUGAAUGUGAAUUGAAGCGAGCUUUUUAGCGAGGAUAAGAGCAUUUACUGUAUUUAAAACUUUAUGAAAAGUGGAACCAAAUCCCCUUCGUAUUAUAACUAUCUGGUCGUUACUUGGUUAAAACAUUUUUUCUGAUUAAAAACUUAGUAUUGAGGUUUCCAACGUUUAAUUGAUCCUAAGACGUUAUUACUUCUGUUGACGUAAAUAAUACUAUAAUCUAAAAUGAUAAUCGACAAAACUAUUAUCGUUGAUGUUAAUUAUAUAGCUGAUAACACAAAUACACUCAAACCACACGGGAUUAUGGAAGAAUAUUAUAGUUAAUAUAUGUAAAUCUAACUAAGUCAAUUCACACAUAUCACCCCCUAAAGCAAUUCGUUAUAAGGGGUUGAAGGUCAGAGCGAAGAAAUUUGUAGUGGAAUGCGUAUGCAUAAUAAAUAAAUAUAAUGAUAUCUGUA